CGGCGCUUAGUAUCGUUGGAUGGACGGUGAUACGGACAUAUAUGUAAAUUGUAUGUGGAAUAUCACUGAAUUUUUUCGGGGUGUGAUUUCGGCUUCUAAUCUAAAUCAGUUUAGCAAAGGGGAACGCGGUAUAUAACCCAGUUCGUAUAAUAUAACAUGUCCAAGGAUAAUUGUGUGCGGUGGCUGAUUGUUUUCGUUUAAAAAGGAUAUUUUAAUGAAAACAUGUGAAAAAAAUGUACAAAAAUGUUUUCGUUAAAAUAAUUACUCUUGUGGUAUGCAUUGUAUAAAUAUACAUACGUGUUCUUACUGACAAAAUACACGCAAUGAACUAUGGUACUAACAAUAAAGUCAAACCAGAGUGAAUUUUAAGAGGAAAAUAUUAUGAAUUUUUCUUUUCGCUCGUCUAUUCGCAUACUCUUGUUAACCGAAAGUUCUCAUUAAGACGAGGAUCCUCAUAUUAAAAGCCAGAACAUAAUAGGGAAGUUUUUGUUGUUGUUGUUGUGGUGUAUUAUAUUGGCUGUGUUGUUCCACUUACGUUUCGGGAACAAGAAGAAGAAGAAGUAUUUCUAUUUAUUUUUAUUAAAUUCCAUAGCAAGUCAAUAAAUAUGAUUUAUGUUUUGUGGUGUGUUUCUUAUGCCUCUAUCCAUCGUAAUGACUAAAGUGUAGUGUACGCUUUUUGUGGAGUACAUAUAUGUGUGUAAAUAAUUAUGUGCGGUUUUCUAUGGUUUAAAUUUAUUUAAUAAACUCCCUCACAUAUUGUACAUGAAACGUGGAACUAUGUUUGAAACAACACGAGCGAAUGGAGUUUUAAGGAUAUUUAACCAUCUUCUAAGGAUAAGCACAUUAAUAAUAAUUGGAUGCCCGACAAUGAAUAAUGGUUUAUCUUCAAUACACAGUGACAGCACAUUUAUAAACGGCAAGGAUAUAUACCAGAUUUUACCCCGAACAAACAUGGAGCGAAAGAGUAAUAAUUUAUUAACACACGAAAAAGAAAACUUCGUAACCGAGACUGAUGAUAUGCAAGAAAAUAUUUACAAUUAUACACCAAUGUAUUUUGGUACAGUAAAUUCAACUGUAGUGGCAACACAAAUUGGAGCUACCGCACAUUUACCAUGUAUCAUACAUCAUAUAGGAGACGGAGUUGUAUCCUGGAUACGAAGGAAGGAUUAUCACUUACUGACUGUAGGAUUAACAACGUACUCUAGUGACGAGCGCUACAGUGCCACACAUUUGAUACAUUCCGAGGACUGGACACUGCAGAUUAAAUUUGUACAACUUCGCGACGCUGGGUUAUAUGAAUGCCAGGUGUCCACUCAUCCUCCUACUUCGAUAUUUUUACAUUUAAAUGUUGUAGAGGCUAAAGCAGAGAUCAUAGGACCGUCCAUCAGAUAUUUAACACCAGGAUCAACAUUAAAGUUAAUGUGUCGUAUCACGCAGAAUACGGAAAGUUCGGCAUUCAUAUUCUGGUAUAAUGACAAUAGAAUGAUCAAUUAUGACUUUGAUCGAGGAAUCAACGUAUCAACGGAAGCAGACAUUGGAAUUUCAGAUUAUCAUUAUUCGGAGCUAACGAUACAUCGUACGCGAAAAGAGCACUCGGGAAAUUAUACGUGUGUACCCAGCAACGCGCAACCGGCAAGUGUACUGGUACAGAUUUUCAAAGGUGACAAUCCAGCGGCUAUGUAUCACGAUCAUCGAGGCUCGGCGCACAAAUCAUAUCAAAAUAAUAUUUUAACAAGCAUAACCGCUUUGCUAGUAGCACUAGUGUACACGUUAAAUGGAUUUAAUAUCGAACGCAUAAUAUAGUUUGGUGGGUGUGUAUUUUUGGGCGUUAUAUAUUUAUGAUCUACUAUGUGUGUGGUCUAGAGUAAUAAAUAAAUAAACGUAACGUAUAAAUGAUACUUUUCGUCAUCAUCGUAAAACUAGCUUGAGAAAAAUAUAAUCUAAACAUUUAACGAUAAAAGUACCUAAAACAAACUAUAAACAAAGUUUAAUUGCAAUUUUUUUUCUUUCGUAGUCUGGUACUGUAAGGGUUUGUGUUUGCGCUAAUCUGUUUAACUUUGUUGAUAGAAUGUGUACACAGAAAAUUUGGGACGGUGGCUUUUUUUCCCAUCAUCUUCAAUAUAACUGGCAAAAGGCGUGGCAAAAUAUUGUAAAUAUUUUCAUUAUUAACUAUGCGAUUCGAAAUAACAUGGUGGUGUGUUUGUCUGCGGAACUAGUGGGUGAACAGCUAAAAGAGCUGACGUUUAACGAGGAGAGUUUCAAUUUUUCGAGAAUAUUAGCCUCUUGAGAGUCUUAAGACUUAAUCCCUCGUAAGCGUUUCUUUUUUCCUAUAUUAACUUAUUAAGUUCCAAGGCGUCUAUCACGGUAUCAAUGACUCCAAUACUUUUUCAACUUCAAUAGUCUUUAGACCAACGAACCCUUUGCAAAU